AUGUCGAACAAGAACGCCUCGGCGACAAACCUCUCGCCAGAGGUGUUUGCGCGCGAGCGAUACAUCAACCGGAUGGAGGCCAAUGAGAAGGCUGCUGCCGCUGGCGGAGCAUACGACCAAGGCGUGCCGCCCUACCGCGCCAAGAAUGGCCUCUUUGCCGGGAAGAAGAAGUGGUGGUGGAUUGCUGGUGCAUUGUUGAUUGUGGCAAUCAUCGCCGUUGCCGUGGGUAUCGCCGUCAGCAAGAGCAACAAGAAGGACAGCGCAACAGGUGCGGUCAAGAGCGACAAGAACGACCCGAGCAAUUUCGAAAAGGACCCCGACCUUCACCAGUCCUUCUACGCAAUGUGCUACACUCCUCAGGACGCUCAGUACGACCAGGGAUGCAAGGCGUCCAUCGAUGCUGUCAUCGAAGACGUCCAGCUCAUGUCGCAGCUGACCACCCGCCUGCGCCUGUACGGCGCCGACUGCGGCAUCCCCUCGCUCGUCCUCGAGGCCAUCGAGAAGACAAAGGUCAACAUGACCGUCUACCUCGCCACCUGGCUCCCUCAACCCUCUGCGACUGAUGCGACAGCGACCUACCAGCGUCAGGUCAGCGAACUGACGAGUGCUAUUAAGCAGUACGGUGUUGAUCACGUCGAUGGUGUCACUGUCGGCAAUGAGUACCUCCUCAACGGCGGUUCAGAGACCGAUCUGAUCAGCAAGAUGGCCGACAUGCGCACCACACUCAAGGGCCUGAAUUUGCCAAAGACGAUUCCCGUUGGCACUGCCGAUGCCGGCAGCAUGGUAACGACCUCGCUCGCCCAGGGCUCCGACUAUGUGAUGGCCAACGUCCACGCAUGGUUUGGCGAGCUCCCGGUAGACCAAGCUGCUGGCUGGGUGUGGUCCUACACUGCCAACCAAGAGCCAGCGAGCGCGUUGCAGGCCAGCCCCGCUCCCGAGCUCUUCAUUGCCGAGACAGGGUGGCCUACUGGGGCCAAUGCCACGCAAUUCGAGACGCUGGGCGCCGCUCAAGCCGGCAUUCCCGAGCUCAACACCUUCCUCGACACAUACGUUUGCCAGGCCAACCAGAACAUCACGGCAGGAGACAAGUUCAGCAAGUACUUCUUCUUUGAGUUCAGCGAUGAGACGUGGAAGGACGCCAUGUACGGCGGCGUCGAGGCUCACUGGGGCCUCUUUACUGCGGACCGCAAGCUCAAGACUGGCCUCACGCUUCCAAACUGCUCUCACCCGUGA